AUGGAUGCAUUGCAGCAACACAGGAUGCCGCGCCUUUCGCUCACGUUCGUCACUGGCCUGGUGGCUCUGCAGUCCGCGGCAGGCGCCUCUCUCCGCUCCAGCAACGGUGCUGCGGCAGCCGACGGCCGGCGCCUUCAGGAAGGGCUCUGCAACUCGAUCGGCUGCCCGGGUGGAUACACCCCCAUCCCCUACGCCUGGGAGGUUGAGUGCGGCGACUCGUGCGAUGUCGCUACGUGCUGCGAAGCCUUCUGCAGCUACCACGCGUGCCCGGACAACUUCAUCCCCAUCGAGGACGCCGGCACGAUCCGUUGCAACAACGACAACUGCACCACCGAGCAGUGUUGCGUUUCUGGAGACGGGCAGGGACCGCCGCCGCCGCCCCCUGGAGGCGUGCUGUACUGCAACUCGAUCGGCUGCCCGGGCGGAUACACCCCCAUCCCCAACGCGUGGGAGGUGGAGUGCUCUGGCGACUCGUGCGAGGUCUCCCAGUGCUGCGAGGCCUACUGCAGCUACUACGCGUGCCCCGACAGCUACAUCCCCAUCGAGGACGCCGGCACGACCCGUUGCAACAACGACGACUGCACCAGCGAGCAGUGCUGCGUUUCUGGCAACACGGGAGAGGGCCAGCCCCCGGCAGGCGUGGUGUACUGCAACUCGAUCGGCUGCCCGGGCGGAUACACCCCCAUCCCCAACGCCUGGGAGGUGGAGUGCUCCGGCGACUGCGAUGUCGGCCAGUGCUGCGAAGCCUACUGCAGCUACUACGCGUGCCCCGACAACUACAUCCCCAUCGAGGACGCCGGCACGACCCGUUGCACCAACGACGACUGCACCACCGAGGAGUGCUGCGUGUUCCACUAA